GGAGGCAGUACCACACUUGUUGGUGAUUUUGCAUGCUGAACACUGAGCUUGCCAUCUGCAGUAAAGCAACCUGAACAGUUGGGUUUGAUGAAUACAGCUCAGACUGUGAUGGAAUACGGAUAACCUCAUUCUUGGAUUUGGCUAAUCAAGAUGAAAUGACCCCCCUUUCCAGACUGGAGAAAUAUGCUGCCAGUGACAACGUGUUCAACAGGCAGAUUGUUGCUCGAGGGCUGCUGGAUGUUCUGCGAGCUUUUAGCGACGAUGAGAAAGAUUUCUUGGCUGUCAUGGAGACGAUAGUUAGACUCUCUGAAGAUACAGAGCCCACUGUUCGUGCUGAAUUGAUGGAGCAAGUACCACAUCUAGCCAUGUUCCUCCAGGAGAACCGACCGUCUUUCCCAACUGCUUUUUCCAAGUACCUGGUACCUAUUGUUGUAAGAUACCUCACUGACCCCAAUAACCAGGUUAGAAAAACAAGUCAGGCGGCCCUGCUGGUAUUGCUGGAACAAGAGCUGAUUGACAGGACUGACGUGGAAGUAAAGGUCUGCCCAGUUCUUCUGGAUCUCACAGCUCCUGACAGUGAUGAUGACUACAAGAUCGAAGCUGUGGCAAUAAUUUGUAAAAUGGCCUCCAUCUUGACUGGUGAAAUAACUGAGCGUCUGCUCCUGUUUCGAUUCUGUGAGCUGUGCAGUGAUGGCAAGCUGUUCCAUGUUCGUAAGGUGUGUGCAACGAAUUUUGGAGAUAUCUGUAAUACAGUUGGCCAGGAAGCAACUGAGAAGUACCUGAUCCCCAGGUUCUUCCAGCUGUGCUCAGACAAUGUCUGGGGCAUUCGGAAAGCGUGCGCAGAAUGCUUCAUGGCGGUUUCCUGCUCAGUUUCUCCUGAGGUCCGCAGGACUAAACUCUCCCCACUUUUCAUUAAUCUCAUCAGUGACCCUUCUAGAUGGGUCCGCCAAGCUGCGUUCCAGUCUCUAGGUCCAUUUAUCUCCACUUUUGCCAACCCAUCUAGUGCUGGCCUGUAUAUCAAGGAGGAUGGUACACUGAGCAUUAGACAGCUGGACAAUAGCUGUGCAGAUGUCAGCAGUCCUGCCAGAGAUUCGUCUGAAAUUCAGAACCUAGGCACUUUACAGAAUCCCACUUCAUUGAGGAAAGUGGAAUCGAGCUGCGGGGAAAGCUUGCCUCAGCAGGGUGAGACAUCUGAAACUGACGGGAACUCUCAGUCAAGCUUGAACUGUGGCAGCCAUGAGGGUCAGGUGAAGAUAUCACUGUCCCAACCUUCAGAUAGUACUGACCCUGCUUCCAUAUCAAGUAACCAGGCAGCUAUGGACCAUGCAGAAGUAAAAAGCAAAUGCACCUCUACAGAUGAUUGUUUAGAUGUAGCAAUUACAAAAGAAACUGAGAGGAUUUGUGCCACUUCCCCUCCAGUAAAUUUGGAGCUCUCUGGAGAUUUAUUUAACUCAUUUGUUUAUUGGCGACAGCCUUUGCCUGACAUCAAUUUUGACUUGGAGCUACUACAGUUGGUGGUCAAAGAGGAACAGCGAGAUCAGACAGUCAGUUCCAGUUUGGGGUCACUAACCGAAGGCUUCACGAGGAGCAAUGAACUGGAGAAGGUUCUGGAAAGCUUGCAGGCUCACUUGGAUGAUCCUGAUGUCCAAGCACAAGUGCAGGUGAUUACUGCUGCACUUCGAGCUGCCCGACUCGAUUCUGUAGCCGAAGAAGAACCAUCAUCUGAUGCUGAAAAUACAGAAAUCCAGGCACAGCCUUUGCCAUCCAGCCCAGAGCUUCCUGUAUCCCCACAUUCUGGAUGCAUUAACACUGACACGUCGCUGGGCUUGGACUCAGCAGCUGAGAUUGCAGCAGCAACAACUGGGCACUCAAUUCAAUGUUUGGAGUCUAAUGAAAAUGAACAGAAUAUGAGUCUGAGUAAUCAGCCAGGCUGUGAUGCUGGGUCAUUAGAGCUGGGAGGUGAUGACAGUUUGCUUUUUGGUGAAGAUCAAUCAAAAGUUCAGGAUGUUAUUCCACAGCCAUUGCUGGAUCAGUACCUGUCGAUGACAGAUCCUUCCCGAGCUCAAACUGUUGACACUGAAAUUACAAAGCACUGUGCAUACAGUCUCCCAGGUGUGGCUCUCACCCUUGGCAGGCAGAACUGGCAUUGUUUAAAAAAUACCUAUGAGACACUGGCAUCUGAUGUGCAGUGGAAGGUACGGCGGACAUUGGCCUUCUCUAUACACGAGUUGGCUGUGAUUCUUGGUGAUCAGCUAACAGCAGCUGAUCUGGUUCCUAUCUUCAAUGGGUUUCUAAAAGAUCUAGAUGAAGUGCGAAUUGGAGUCCUAAAGCAUCUGUAUGACUUCUUGAAGCUGCUUCAUAUGGACAAGCGUCGUGAGUACCUGUACCAGCUCCAGGAGUUCAUGGUAACGGAUAACAGUCGGAAUUGGCGCUUUCGAUACGAACUGGCUGAACAAGUAAUUUUGCUGCUGGAACUCUACAACCCCAACGAUGUGCACGACUACCUGCGACACAUUGCUCUCUCCCUGUGUUCUGAUAAGGUUGCUGAGGUUCGGUGGAUUUCGUUCAAGCUGGUGGUGGAGAUCCUAAGGAAGUUCUAUGCAACUGCCACUGACCCAUUAGCUGUGAAUCUAAUGAAUGAGCUCACACUUCGGUUUUGCCACUGCUCCAAGUGGAUCGGACGUCAGGCAUUUGCCUUCAUCUGUCAGGCUGUUGUGGAGGAGGAAUGCAUGCCAGUGAGCCAGUUUGUUGAACACCUGCUUCCAAGUCUGCUUGGUUUGGCUACUGAUCCUGUUCCGAAUGUUCGGGUGCUGCUUGCCAAGGCUCUGAGGCACACGCUGCUGGAGAAAGCAUAUUUCACAGAGGCUGAGAACCCUCAUGUAGAAGCUGUCGAAGAGAUUGUACUGAUUCUGCAAUCAGACAGAGACCGUGAUGUGAGGUUUUUUGCCAGCGCCGAGCUCCGGAAUAACCCUGAAAACACCACCUCAUUUAUAAACUGAGAACCUUUCUAACCAAGUUGUCAACUUCUUAACCGCACACAGUCUUGAACUGGUGAUGCGUCUGGUGAGCCCCCGAAUCCCGCACAAGGUGGAGGCGAUACCUAGCGGUGAAGUGGGCAUUGCCUUGGUCUACAGGCUGGAUCUGGACUGGAGGAUGCAGAGCACCUUCCUCUUUGUUAAAUAUGUGUAUAGAUCUGCAACAGAGCUUUUAUAAAUGAGGGGAAGGGAAGGGGGGAAUUCACUAAUAAAGCUGGAGACCACAAGAGCCUUACCUGCCCAUAUUUACUCAACAAUCUACAGCUAUUUUUGGAUCAAAAAACUAUUGGGAACGUUUCUUUUUAAAACUCCUUCUGAUUCUUGACACAAUCUUUUUUAUUUGCUAACACAGUUCUAUUUCUAAAAAUGAACUUUCUAAUUUGGAAACAGUUACGACUUGGAAUUUUUUAUUUUUAAUAUGCACUCCUCACCUUUCUAAAUCUGUACAGAUUUUUUUAUAUUAAUAUCCCUAACUGACAUACAUUUGUAUGCUUUAGAAAGCGUGUGAACGCAAUGGUUUCAAGUGCGUUUUAACUGAUUUCAAGCGCAUUUUAAUUUUUUCGAAACUCGCAGCGAUCCUUCCUAAUUUUCCCCUUCCUACAUGCAGCUACUUUUCCAUUUGCACUUUGGGAGCCACACUGAGCUGUCUUCUUAACUGGUUCACAAUUGACAUCUGCUCAUUGGCAGGAAAUCUGGUGACUCCAGAUGUGCGGAGAGUGGAUAUGAGCAGAGCAUAUAUUGAUUCACUACUUAACCCUGCCCCACCACUCACACACCAUUUUUAUGAUUAACUGAGCCAGGUUAGUUGCGGGAAAUCUAACCAGGAAGGUGCAGCCAUGCUUGUGAGACCAGCAGAAUGGGCUCAGCUAGACUGUUUAAAUAGAUGCAUUUUUACACUCUCCUUUUUCAGUUCACAAGGUAAUUGGGAACAAUGCUGUAGAGUUCAAUAGCACUGAGAAGGCAGUUCAUACCACUAAUGAAAAAUGCUAGAGAUUUGAUAUUCAAAGUUGAACACAGUAAAUGUGAGGUAGAAUGAGCUUUAAUAUUUUUUUCAAACAUAAUUUGAAUGUUUUAUCCUCAAAGCAGCUGCUACGGGUUCCAUAUCUGCUGAUUGCUAUGUGGUAAGGGCUUGGAGAUGGAACUGCACGGUACUUCCAAGCUAAUGCAGAGAUACAUUGCAUCUCCAUCUAACUUUUUGGUGCUGAAUUCAACUUGAAUAGUGCUUUGGGGGUGUGCUGGUGUCAGUCCGUGCCCACAUCAGUUAUGUUCACAUUGUUCAUCAACUCAUUCAGUGCUCAAAAUGCCCGCCACUGUUCCCCUAAGGUUCUUUGUAUUGAAGACUCUGUGCACUGUCAAAUCUUGUAGUCACUGGGGACUGGGACAAAUGGUGUUGCAGUGGCAGUGAAUGAGUUGACUGAGCUAAAACUGACUGGGUACAGUAACUGAAAUGUUUCCAGAUUUGUUUGUCUUAUAUUGAGCUGGAACAACUUGCAAAGCAUCUUGAUGGGAACGGACUAGCCGUAUUCAAGUGGAUUGCUCUCAACUCUCUGUAAGGGAGGCUUUGGGUGUUCCCUGAAUGUCUGAAAUCUUUUCCUUUGUUUUUCCAUCAUCUUCUCCUCAGUUUAUGGUGAAAGAAAUGCCCUGCAUCAGGAAUUCUUGCCUUUGCACUUCCCUUGUUUUGAUGCCGACUCGUAUUACCAAGCAUUUUUUAUUAAAUGGUGUAUAAGAAUGAGGUUUUUUUGUAUAGUGUAAAGGCUGAUUGUAUUGUAACUAUAGUUACAAGUUUGCGUUUUUACAAUUAACAUUAAAUACUGUGUUGCUGUAA